CGUCUCCUUGGAAACAGCGACAGUAAGCGAGGAUAAAACUUACUUCAUAAAAGGUUGUUUGGUGAAACAAUGAGGAAAAGCCUCACUAAGCAGCAUUCCGAGUUAGCAGCACCUAUCAGCUUGAUGGACUUUGAGGAGUUCGAGUGCGCACCUGAAGGCGGGUCUCUGAAGUCUGGACUCUUCGACGUGAUCCUCCGCAGUUUUGAUGAAACAGAGGAGGAGGAAGAGGCAGAGGAAGAGGUGGUGGAGGUGGAGGAUGUAUAUUUUCAUGAAGAGCCAGCCCCUCCUCCUGAUUUGGACUGGGUGGAGGAAUUAUCUGAUGAGGACGAGGGCGAGGGCCAUGGCGAUGGCGCCGGCGACUUUGCACCUGUGGCCAACAAUAGCAAGCAGAGGAGUUUUGCCGAGAUAGCACGGAUGUUCAAGCUGAAACGAAACCUGGACCAGAUUGACUCGUUUUAUCGACAGAAGGAGCAUGACGUGCAGAAAACCAGAGAAAAGCUGAACAUUUGCUGUCAUAAUAUAAAAUGCUGCUUGGAGCAGAAGGACCAACUGGAGUGGGAAAUAGAGCAGCAGAAGGCAAACGACAACAGUGUGGCGGUGUUUCGACUGAGAACCCAGCAUGAGUUGUUGUGUCAAAACCUGCAGAAUGAAGAAAAGCUGGAAGGCCAAAUCCACACCAAACUGAGGCAACAAGAAAUGGAGCUGAAUAUGAUUGAGGUGCAGCUUGGCAACAUCUCCAAAGUCCACCAAGAGAUGGAGGAAGAUGAGCAGCUCUUCGAGGUCCUUAAAGCACAGAAGGCGGUAACAAGGUUGGAGCAGGAGAGGAAAGUCAGCCAAAACCGUCAACGCAGGAUAAAGCUUUUCAUGGAUGAACAGGCAGCCAAGCUGAGGAAGGAGGAGAUCGAAUGUCAAAGGAAGACUGAAGAGUUUCGAGCAAACCGAAAGAUAGCUGCCAAGUACUUGAGGCAGAGCAAUAAAAGGUUACAUCAGCAAGUGGCGGAGAAGGAGCAGCAGAACAGGGAGUUUAUCGAAAGGAGGAUACAGGCUGUUGAAUCUCUAAAGUCUAACAUAGCAGCCAAUCAAGAGAGUUUACGUGGUCAGCAAAAAAGAGCCAAAAAAAAAGUCCUGAAGAAAGAACAAGACGAAAGACAACUAAAAGCUUCCCUGGAGGCCCAAGGCUUCAACGGUUUCAAACAUGUGUACCUGAAGAGACAGCUAGAGGAGGCAAAACGAAAACAACAGGAAUUCGAAGAGAGCCAGAAGUCAAAGAGACUGGAGAUUGUUGCAAAAAUGCUUCAGGAGGAACAGCUGGUCAAGAAGAGGAGCAAGGCACCGCCUCCCAAUCUCUCAUCUCAUGACAAGUUCUCAUCUUUGAGGCAAGGAAAAGAGGUGCUCCUGUCUCAGCUGGAGCCUAAGCCUCCAUCAGCCCCUCCAUCAACAAUAUUGCAUAAGAGAGACUACAGUACCAUCUACGAGUCUUCUUCAACCUCCUCUGACGGCGAAAACUUUGAAAUGGAAAUGGAGGAAAUUGUUCACAAACGCACUGACUACACCACCCCUGCUGACUUCCUUGUAGAGCCGGAAUUUUCCGGGCUGUGGGAACAAGAAUGCAAGAAGCCCGUCUUAUCUUCUGCAAAGUCAGAAGUUAAGGAAGCUGAAUCCAGCAUGGACAGCGGGAUGUUAAAUGCGACUGGCAGAAGGAUUCUGAAACAGCCUCCAUUCUCCAGUAAGCCAGAAGUCGUCCUCUUUAAGGAUUUUGACGUUGGGAAGAGGUAUAAGAAGAAAAUUGUCCUGACAAACAUCUCCUACACUAUUAGUGUUUGCAAGUUUAUCAGAAUCUCUGCAGAGCUUAUGGAGUUCAUCUCUGUCAAGUUUCAGCCUCCUGGUUCUUUAUCUACUGGGAUGUCUUGUGAAAUGCUGGUUAUAUUCCAUCCUUUGAUUAAUGAAGACCUGGUGGGAGAAUGUUAUUUUGAAUCAACCUUUGGUCCCUUCUCUGUGCCGGUCAGAUGCACCAUAAAGAAAUUCAACCCGGAGGUUGACUGCAAGUCUAUUGACUUUGGUUCGCACGUUGUCGGCCAGAGUGUUUCACGGACUAUAACCCUGACCAACAACGGAGCGCUGGCCAGCUUCUUCAGCAUGGGCACCUCCAUGCAUCUCUCUCCGGCAAGGAAGCAUGCCCAGAUGCCAUCCCAGGAUUUUGCCAACACAGAUCCGGGAAGUGAAAACAUAACUUAUUCCAGGCGCCAGAGUUCUUAUUCGCUGGGUUUAGAGGAGGUCCAUCCAAAGCAGCAGAGUCUUCCAACGGAAUCUGAAAUAAACCCUCACCUUUCCUCUGAUGUGGGCACACGCGUAAACCUGACCUUGGUGGACUACUGCGAUAUUAUACUUGGAAAUGUAAGAGGAGGAGAGAUUGGACCCUUUCAAAGUGUCAAGCUGGAAAUUUUAUUCAAGCCAACCAUUCCUGGAGAGACCAUAAUGGACUUCUACAUCAGAUUCUCCGACACAAACACAAAACCAAUACCCAUCCAUGUCAGCGGCGUGGCGGUCAGCAACCCUGUAUGGGUUAUUCAUCCCAGCAUUGACCUGAAGAUCUGCACCUUUGACUGCCUUUAUCAAUACACCAUCGUCCUUCAGAGCAGAGAAAACAGAGCUUUUAAACUGACCUUUGAUCUGUGCCCGGAGAUGAGGAAGCACCUGGAGAUUAUACCAAAACGUGGCUUCAUCCAGGCUCUGUCAACUUUUAAGGCCCAGCUGAAAUUCAUCCCAAGACAAUCCCUGUCCAAAGAUGCUCAGAAUUAUUUUGACAGUAACACAGGCGUCCUGGAGGUUCCAAUGACAGUGCAAGUAGCAGGACAGGUCCGUCCAGCUCAAUACACAAUACAUGCUAUUGUCACAUCUUCAGACCUGCAGUUUGACCAUACCGAGGUGGACUUUGGUCACUGUUCUAUCUGCCAUUUUGUCAGAACCACUGUUUGCCUCACCAACAUGUCCAUCCUGCCUCAAGACUUUGGUUUUGUGGCGGUUCCUGAGUAUAUUGAGGUCCAGCCUUACGAUGGCUUUGGCACUCUGCUUCCUCAAGAGACCCUGGAGAUCGAUCUGAUAUUCAGCCCUAAAAAACCUAUAAAAUACGAUUUCCAACUCCGCUGCAAAUCUGGAAUUGACAGAGACUUUGUGCUGCCUUGUCGAGGUGUGGGUUUUCAUCCACCGCUGGUGCUUUCCCACUCUCUGAUUCAGUUCAGACCUACGGCAGUAGGCGACAAAUCCACCGCCACAAUUUACCUGACCAACUACCAAGAUAAAGAAGCUGCAACUCGACUCAUCAAAGUUGUCUCAGCGGUCGAAGCCCCGAGGUUGUUCUGCUUCAACUUACCAAAGGAUUCCGACAUCAGCAUAACUCCUGCAGUAGGACGCCUUCUCCCUGGAGAGAGAUGCCUAGUUCAGGUGAUGUUCAGACCUGUUCUUUUGGAGAAAAUGAUCAUCGAGGAGGCUCUCCGUCUGCAACAUAGCACCAAGUUGACCAGCGAGAAGGAGCAAGAUGUGAGCAGACUCACUGAACAGGAGAUGAAAAGAGACACUGCUGCUGAACCCAACAGAGGGAGGAGGACACCUGGGUAUGCAAAGAGGAGGGAGACGUCCUUUCCCUCCUCCAAAUUAGCUGAUCGAGUUGGCUUAAAUCCAGGAUGUGAACUGUAUGGGAAGGCCAGGGACUCGUUGCUGCGCUCCUUUACCCGAUACUACAGAGAGUACAUCGUUUGCUGCUUUGUGUCAGACGGAGAUCCUCCAGAGGCAAAUGUCCAGCCAACAUGGAGUCCCGUAAACACUCUCCACCUGAAGCUGGAAUGCCCCGCUAUACAGCCCCCUCUGCUGGUGAUUUCUGGCAAUGGCAAUAACGUCUUAGAUUUCCGUCAAGUUUACAUAGGAAGCAGAGUGGUUGAAAGGUUUACAAUUCAGAACAUUUCAGAGGAGCCUGUGGAACUAACAUCAUCAUUGUUGGACUUACAUGGUCCUUUUUCCCUGAUCAAUGCUAUGAGAGGCUUAAAUCCUGGAGAAAAACACACUUUGGUCCUGGCUUUCACUCCAACCUUGGAUAAAAAGUAUUGUGAAAUACUCCAUGUUCGAACCCCGAAAAUGGUUUUGGAAAUCAUUCUUCGAGGGGAGGGUGCGCUUCCUUUUGUCUCUUCGUCUCACUCUGGAGAUCUCCCUGACGUUGUCUACGCAUUGGAGAAAGACAUCGUCUCCCAACACUUCAAGCUAACGAACCGCUCAGCUGAGGCCGUGGAUUACAGAGUGAUGCUGGCCAGUCACUCUCUGAACAGUCCUCAGCACGGAGCUGACAGGGUAACCUUGCUGCUGGAUGGACAUAGAGACACCCAGAUCCACCCAGCUGUGGGAACACAGAACUACAGAGGGCUAAGUGUCUUCAGUGUACUGCCACUAGAGGGCAGCCUUGCUCCUGGAAAGAAACAAGACAUCGCCAUCACUUUUCAGCCUGACCAUUCUUCCCUCUACUACACAGACAGACUCACCAUAGAGCUGCUAAAUAAGUGUAAAGUCUGUGAGAUAGAUCUGAAGGGUGCAGUUCCUUCACGUAACAUGUAUCUGUGUGGAGUGGAUCCUUUAACAGUACCCAUUGAUUCUCUUCUUCCUGUCUUCACUCCACUUCAUCCUCAACUCACAGAGGCGGAGGAGAAGCCGUGUAUCCCACUGCUCGUCACUCUGGUGGCCAGCUGCAAAGCAGGGGUCAUCAGGCCUGCUGUCAGGGAACUGCGGGUCGGCUGCAUCAGCUCCCCACAUUCCAAUAAGAAGAGUGGUGAGUUUCACUGGGACGACCUGGCAGCUGUACAGCAGCAGGGCUUUCAAGUGGAACCUGCUAAAGGCGUAGUGGAGGCAGGAAGCAGCUGUUCUGUCACCAUCACAUGGAUGCCCCAAAGUAUAUACAAGCCCCUUGAGGUGGUCCAGGUGUGCGUCCCCCUCACGGUGAAGAGCGAUGAGACCACGUCUUACAAAGUGACGUUGAUGGCCUUUGUCUCUUCUGCUGCUGACUGACCAAUACAGGAAAUGGAUGCAGAUUUUUGCUGUUUUUAUUAUUUUGAUUUCCAGGUAGUUAAACCUUUUCUUUCUUUUUCUUUUGCUAUUUGUGGUUAGCAAAAAUUGUGCGCCGUUUGGAGAGUCAAGACACGGAUGAUGCACAAUUUUAGGAUUGGAAAAACAAACAAAGCAGAAGUACUGUAAGGAUUUGCUGUUGUGGUCGUAAAAGUGCUGCCAUAUAAAAAUUGAACCAUAAGAACUAAACAGUAUGUGCAGAAAAAAAUGCUUUUGCACAAAGUCAUUUGAACUAUUUUAGUUUAAUAAAUUCCCAACAUGAGAACAGCUAAGGCUGUAACUGUACCUCUGUUAUAAAGCUUUUCAUAUAAAAACACUAUAAAGCAAUGUUUGUCUGGUUUAAAUGUAUACAAAAAGAAAUAAAAAAAAUCUGAAUAAUGAGUGAAUGCCAUAAAAAAUGCAAAUGAUUUCCUAGAAUAAUAGUUGGGAAUGACUACAGUAACUUACAUCAUGGAGUGGGAAAGAAAACUAUCACUAUGUUUUGACUGUGAAGUACAGCAAAUGACUGUAGAAGUGAUUUCCACCACUAGAGGGAGCUUAUAGUACCAAAUGAACAGUUCUGAUAGACAAAAUAAAUCAAGUGUGCUGAGUGGGCGUCAUACUGGUGAAGCCAGGAAGCCAAAACCCAUUUUGGAGACGUUUUUAGUUUAAAUAUCAGCAAUUACUUCUUCUUUUUUUUUUUUUUUUUUAUAUUUGCAUUAAAUGCAGGUUUAAUUGGUGAAAAAAGAAUAGCAUUGUUUGCCAUCUGAAAACUGUUGUUUCAAAAGGUUGAUUUUAAGUUUAUUUACUUGUGAAGCUGCAAGGGCAUAUUCUUGCUUAUGGCAUGUAAAACCAAAGUUGUGUAUUAAAAAUAGAUAGUAUUAAUAUUUCACUAAUAAACAGAAACUUUAGAGAAAAAUCUAUAUGGAAACACGGGCAACAUGUAGACAGUGCUGAGUCAUUAGGGGCUGGGUUGGCCGCUUCAGGCUACUUUUAAAAAUUUAUCCACACUGUUUUUUUUUAGCUUUUACUUUCAGUGGUGAUGGACCUUCUCAGAAGUAAGUGGAUCUACACUCCAUUAUGCAUAAUGUUGUGUGUGUGCUCUACAUUUUAGAAACUCAAAAGCAGUGCCUCUCACAAUUACUGAAGUUCCUUAUAAGCAUGUGAAAAGAGUCUUAAAAUAAACAAUUUUAUAGCAGCAGCUCAUUCUUAGACUAAGUUUAGAAAAAUCCACAUCUUAUUUGAGUGCAAAUAUUUAGAGUAGAAAUGAAUCCCAUGUUAAGAAACACUGGUGCUGCGAUUGUUAUUAUUCCAAUGUGUUUAAAUUGACAGAAGUAUCUUAAGCUGUUUUUUUAAAAUGCAUUUAAUAUGCCAGAAAGGUCUGUUUAUUUUUAGCUACUCACAGGAGAUGAGCAAAGAUCAACUGUUGUGGUUGAAAAAUAUUCAGAGAUAUCUAACUCACAAUCUAGUCAUUGUAAGAAAUGGGUUUUUUUUUUUUUUUUAAAUGCCUUGUGAUCAAUUUCUCACAAGAUCAGUUAUUCUGGUGAGAAUUGUAGUUGAAGUUCAAUUGACAAUAUAAAGAAGGAAUGCUAAGCCAACAUUUUGAAGAUGUACAUAGUGAACAUUAUAAAUAGUUAUCUUUCUUGGUGCACAUGGUGCAUCAAUAUGCUUUAAGGCUGUAAUUAAUCACAAUUAAACAUGACGUGGUGCAUCAGAUGUGAGUCGCUACUAUUAAAAGCUUAUUCUUGCUUGUUAUUUACUAACACAAAUCAUGUGUUUCCCUAACACAUUACUUUUAAAGUUUUAGUGAAGUAUUGCUGCUUCUAAGAACCUCUUCGGACAAUUGUUUGGGAGCUCAGUUUUUACAAUUUUCCUAGGGUGGAAACAUGCAAUAUGGAUUGUACUCUGUCAUUUCCUGUAAUACAUACAUGUUCUUUGUAUUUGUCUCCGGGACUCUGAGGUGCCCAGCAGGUCUGGCAGAAACUUUAGCCCAGAAUUUUUCAGAAUUAUAUAUUGCAUUUAUAUGAAAUCCUCUCUUACGAACCCUGAAAGCGUGUUCAACUUGUUUAAUAAGGGCCCUGCACAUCUGAACAGCAGAUGUCACUAAUGCCCUGUAAUGGACCAAUAGGAGCUGACCUCUGUCUGAGAUGCAUGCAGUAAGCAUUUAUCAGAGAUUGUUGGAGAUUAUAAUAAAUCAGAUUACUGUAUCCUAACCUGCCUAUAAAAAGCAAGGUCAUUAAGAGCUUAGCCUCAUGUAAUGUCACUCGUUUUAUGAAAUCUAUUAGAUUAUAUGAGACGAUAUUUGUGUUGCUGUUUUGCCUCUCUUUUUUUUCUUAAUCUGAUUUCUCCCCUGAUCUCUUCCUAAUACGCUAAGAUAGUGCUACUUACGCUGCACACUCAGGCUAACUAGGAAAUGUAUCUCUGUAAAUAUGAAUGUGAACAGAAAUGUCUUAAAACACACACAAAUGAUAUGCUUCUUAACAGUGUCCCUACGAAUGUAGACAAUCCAAACGAAAACACAGACAUCCUCUAGAACUUAACUGUAUGCAACAAGAUUAGAAAAAAACGUUGCAACAAUGUCAGCUUGCAAAGUUUUUAUUUAUCGGCUAACACAGGCUGAAAUUAUGCAGCCUGUGUUAGCCGACGAGGGUCGUCAUAGUAACACAGUUCAAAAACUGGAUGUGUUGUAACUGAAUUAAGACCCUGGGGUUUUAUAGCUGUCCUAAAGACCCUCCACAACACACGUAUGCAAACAGGCGUGGGGCGUAUCCAUGGACAACUGAAUCUUAGCGGGAUUAACCUGGGCGGAUGAGUCCCACUAGAAAUCCACACUCAACCCUGUCUCUCUUCAACAUUUCUUUAAUAUAUGUUUUUUUAUUACUAUUAUUAUUUUUAAAAUCUAACUAUGUUAUGCAUCACUGCAAUUGAAACAGAACAUCAAACGAUGGUACUCCUUCGCAUACCUCCACAGGGACGCGUAUAUUUGCUUUUGUGGGUUUUUUUUCUUUCCACAAGUGUAUGUUCUUCUUCGUGUUAACGUUUUCUUCUUGGAGGAGGUAUCCCUAUAUGCCAGUAGAUGUCUUUUUGAUUAUUUAUAUGUGAGAAAAUCUCACUUUUCUGAUAAAAACAGAAGUGACCCAAAUAUGCAACAUAAUAUUUUAAGAAAUAGUAUCAGUCUCCAAUUUUUGUAUUAUUCUUAUUUAGUGUUAUUCAUAUAGUGCAUGAAGGUAGACUUAUCAGGAACAUUCAAGAACAUUCUUCUUACAAACCGAGCCUGUUGCUGCUGCUCUCGUCCCCCAUUGGACUGGACCCAAAGCACACUUUGUUGCCUCGGAGGACCACAAAGUGUUCCAUGUCUCCAAGUAACGCCUUAACCCACCGAGCAUUAGCUCCUCCUCUGAGCAUGCUGCCUGAAGGAACCGGCAAUAAUGAUUAAGUCCUCUCUGUGUUUCAGUGAUGGCCCACCCACAGGACAUAAAUCCCCAGUGAUUACUUUAUCCAAAACAAAAGCACAGACACAUUAAUCUGUUAAAUAAAAAGACUGACACGAGUAAUAUCAGAUAAAUACAAUUCAUAGGCACACUUGUUUACAUAACUGCUUAUUCUGAGACUGUGAAUAAUAGAAAAUUAUCAAAAUGAAAUUAAGCAAAUCUGUGGGAAUGUACUGUUGUAACAAAUUAAAACUCAAUACUUUUAUUUUUCCAAGCUUUCGGAAAGACUCUCCUGGCUGACAGCAUGUGUGUGGGGAAAGCUGGCCCGUCUGCUUUGAAUUUCAAAUGAAACUGCGUCGGUUUUUCUGAGGUAGCAGUUCAGCGUACCGCAAUUUUCAUAUCGCACAUAAAAAGUAACUUGCUGUCACGCACUCAAUUAAUUAAAAUU